AUGCUGAAGGAAAUAGAAACUGACGUCAUGUACGUGGAGAGCAGCCCUCGGGACAAGCGCCGCCCCGGGGCAAUAUCUGAAAAAAGUGACAAGGCACUGGAUUUGUUUGAAGGAUUAAGUUCAGUAUCUAAAUCCCUCAUCAUUACGGAAAAGCACCAGAUUUCAGAUAAAACAUACUACAAGGGAAAUCCCUUCCAAUUCUGGAGCCUAAGGCUGGCCAAGCUGCUUUCUUCCAUUUGUUUAGGCAUCAAGGGGAAAUACCACAUCAACUCCAAAAGGUAUGAAAACAGCACCACUCUUUUAGAAGAGGCUGACUGUUAUUUACGCAAGAUAGAACUUUCGAAUAGUAUCCUCAGCUCUCCUGCCAUAGCGCCUCCGUCCGCCGAGGUUCCGCAGGCCCAGCCGGUCCUGGUCUUUAAGCUCACUGCUGACUUCUGGGAGGAUCCGGACCCCCGCAAGGUCAACCUGGGAGUGGGAGCUUAUCGCACAGAUGACUGCCAGCCCUGGGUUUUGCCAGUCGUGAGGAAGGUGGAGCAGAAGCUCGCUAAUGACAGCAGUCUGAACCAUGAGUACCUGCCCAUCCUCAGCCUCACUGAGUUCCGGACCUGUGCUUCCCGCCUGGCCCUUGGGGAUAACAGCCCAGCUAUCCAGGAGAAGCGGGUUGGAGGUGUGCAGUCUCUAGGGGGGACGGCAUUCCGAAUUGGAGCCGAGUUCUUAGCCCGAUGGGACAAUGGAACCAACAACAAGGAUAUACCUGUCUAUGUGUCCUCACCAACCUGGGAGAAUCAUAACGGUGUGUUUUCUGCUGCUGGAUUUAAAGACAUUCAGUCCUAUCACUAUUGGGAUGCAGCGAAGAGAGGACUUGAUCUCCAAGGUUUCCUGAAUGAUCUGGAGAGUGCCCCCGAGUUCUCCAUCUUUGUCCUCCAUGCCUGUGCUCACAACCCAACUGGGACUGACCCAACUCCAGAGCAGUGGAAGCAGAUCGCGUCCGUCAUGAAACGCCGGUUUCUUUUCCCCUUCUUUGAUUCAGCCUAUCAGGGCUUUGCAUCUGGAGACCUAGAGAAAGAUGCCUGGGCUAUUCGCUAUUUCGUGUCUGAAGGAUUUGAGCUCUUCUGCGCUCAGUCCUUCUCCAAGAACUUUGGGCUCUACAAUGAGCGAGUGGGCAAUCUGACCGUGGUUGCAAAAGAUCCUGAUAGCAUCCUGUGGGUCCUUUCCCAGAUAGAGAAGAUUGUGCGAAUUACUUGGUCCAACCCUCCUGCUCAGGGCGCACGGAUUGUGGCCUGUACCUUCUCUAAUCCUGAGCUCUUUAAGGAAUGGACAGGUAAUGUGAAGACAAUGGCUGACCGGAUUCUGACCAUGAGAUCUGAACGCAGGGCACGCUUAGAAGCCCUCAAGACGCCUGGAACCUGGAACCACAUCACUGAACAAAUUGGAAUGUUCAGCUUCACUGGCUUGAACCCCAAGCAGGUUGAAUAUCUGGUCAACGAAAAGCAUAUCUACCUGCUGCCAAGUGGUCAGAUCAACAUGUGUGGCUUAACCACGAAAAAUCUAGAUUAUGUGGCUACCUCCAUCCAUGAAGCCGUCAUCAAAAUCCACUGAAGAAGCAGCACCCAAACCAGCACCACCAAAGCGGCACUCUGUCCCGUGUGUUCCCUGCCUGCGCCAGCCUCGCUCUGUGUGUUGUGGAUAAGAGACUCCGGAGGACUGGAACCGGCUCUGGUGAGGUGGCCUCUGGUUAAGGCGGCCCCGCACAGGGCAACAUCCCUUGUCAAGGAACGGGGGCCUGGGAUCAGAGCCUCUUGGGAGGCCAGAGUAAAUCAGGUUUUUAUUUAAGAAGAAUAAAAAGGUACUUUGAUCAUGAGAGGUAGUUAUCUUGCUCCCUCACUAGAAGCCAGAAUGUUACCUCUGUCGCUCCUGUGCUUCUGUGUAUUGCUUGACUCUGCACAAAAUCCUGCCCCAAAGAUCAAGUUGUCUGAAGAGCCAACUGUGAUUGUGAGUGUUGGCUGUGUCAUUAAAACUUGUCAUCUCCAAAAAAAAAAAAAAAAA